UUUCUUACUUCACUUUUUUACGUUAAAGAAGGACUUAGGACGUCCGCCGAGUAUCUCUGAAAAAGGAAACUACUACCCUUCUUUACUCACAGUUACAUAAAUCAACCGGCAAAAUGCAUCUGAGCUAAAAAUAAGCGGCAUGGCCGGCGUGCGAGACCAUCACACAAAGCGUACCUAUUCUCUCUCCACCGGCGCCACACACUCCUCAUCUCGCACCUCCAUUCUCUUACUCUCUCUCCUCUGCACCGCCUCUCUCUAUCUCGCUUUCUCUCUCUUCAAAUCGCCUUCUCUCUCCCCUACUUUUCACUCUCUCUCCGAUAAUCGAACGCCGUGUAAUUACUCCGAGGGAAAGUGGAUCUACGAUCCGACGGUCAGAUCUCCUCCGAGAUAUGAUAGUACAUGUAAAGAGAUAUUUAAAGGAUGGAAUUGCAUUGCGAGCAAUAAAUCGAAUGCGUUUGAGAUAAUUAAGUGGCGGUGGAAACCUAAUGAAUGUGAUCUCCCUCAGUUUGAUCCCGUAGCAUUUCUCAGGUUAUACAGAAACACUAAUAUAGGAUUUGUUGGCGACUCCUUGAACAGGAAUAUGUUUGUUUCACUUUUUUGCACUUUGAAGAGAGUAUCUGGUGAAGUACGCAAGUGGCGUCCUGUUGGAGCUGACCGUGGAUUUACAUUUCUUCAAUACAACCUCACAAUUGCGUAUCACCGCACAAAUCUUUUGGCACGUUACGGUAGUUGGUUAGCCUCCGACAGUAAUGGAAAGCUAGAAUCUCUUGGAUACAAAGAGGGUUACAGGGUUGAUGUUGAUGUGCCUGAUGGAACUUGGGCAGAAGCACCAACUUUCCAUGAUAUUCUCAUCUUAAACACAGGACACUGGUGGUGGGCUCCUUCAAAGUUCGACCCUGUUAAAUCACCUAUGCUUUUCUUUGAAAAGGGUUUGCCUUUGGUUCCUCCAGUAUCUCCUGAUGUGGGGCUUGACAUGGUUCUGAGACACAUGACAUCAUUCGUGGAAAGAAAAAGCAGACCCGGUACAGUUCUAUUUUUUCGCACCCAAUCCCCUCGACAUUUUGAAGGAGGUGAUUGGGAUCAAGGUGGUUCUUGUCAGCGUUUACAGCCUUUGAUGCCUCAACAGGUGGAAGAACUUUUUGCUUUAAAAAAUAAUGCAACAAAUGUGGAGACACGCCUGGUCAACCAGCACCUGUACAAGGCCCUGAAGAGCUCUACUUUCCAUGUUUUGGACAUCACCCACAUGAGUGAAUACAGAGCUGAUGCCCAUCCAUCCACAUCUGGAGGGAAGAAACACGACGACUGCAUGCACUGGUGCCUACCUGGGUUAACGGAUGUUUGGAAUGAUCUUUUCAUUGCGCAGCUAAAAAGGGUCAAAGUUAAGAGUUGAUAUUCUUCAAUUUUUUAGCCUCAAAAUUUUCUUCCUUUGAAAAAUUGCUUUAUCAGUUGAUCUUGAUCAUGUCUACAUAUCCGGGAAUCAGAGAAUUCUGAGCAAUGAAUUAGAUGGGGCCUCUACUCCUCCUGAAGAUUAUUUCUUUUGACCUUGUCAUUAGGUGGAGGUGGAACCAGGGGAAGAUAAUUACUACUAGGCUGUCAAUUCUCAUAUAUUUGUAAAAUCACUAUGUAUAAAUUAGGCAUCAAAAUUUUUUCAAACAUUCUUUAAUAGAUGAGCAUAAGAAUGUCAUUUGCGAAUUA